AUGGGCAAGAUGGACAACACCUCCGUGGAGCUGAGCUCUCCCUCCGAGGUGAAGCAGGCAGCCCUGGAGGAGUCAGAGCCCAUCGCCCUUGAGACCAUGAGCACAAAGAAGAAGAAGAAGGAGAUCCCAGACAGAGGAUCCUGGAAGGGGAGAUUUGACUUCUUGCUGUCCUGCGUGGGCUAUGCUAUUGGACUGGGCAACGUCUGGCGCUUCCCGUACCUCUGCGGCAAGAACGGAGGAGGGGCCUUCCUCAUCCCCUAUUUCCUGACACUGGUGUUUGCUGGGAUUCCUCUCUUCCUGCUGGAAACUGCUCUGGGCCAGUAUACUUCUGUUGGCGGACUGGGAGUCUGGAAAUUAGCACCCAUGUUUAAAGGAGUGGGGCUGGCAGCUGUGGUUCUCUCCUUCUGGCUGAACAUCUACUACAUUGUCAUCAUAGCCUGGGCUCUCUACUAUCUCUUCAACUCUUUCACUGCGGACCUGCCAUGGCAGAGCUGUGGGAAUGCCUGGAACACCGACCGCUGCUUCUCCAACUACUCCCUGGACGACACCACCAACCUCACCAGUGCUGUCACCGAGUUCUGGGAGAGAAACAUGCACCAGAUGUCCGGGGGCCUGGGGGAGCCCGGCACCAUCCGCUGGCCUCUGGCCGGCACACUGGCCCUGGCCUGGCUGCUGGUCUACUUCUCCAUCUGGAAGGGCGUGGAGUGGACGGGCAAGGUGGUGUAUUUCUCAGCCACCUACCCCUACUUCAUGCUUUUCAUCCUCUUCUUCCGGGGAGUCACGCUGCCAGGAGCCAAGGAGGGAAUCCUUUUCUACCUCACGCCCGACUUCAGAAAGCUCUCUGAAUCCGAGGUCUGGAUGGAUGCAGCCACGCAGAUCUUCUUCUCUUACGGCCUGGGGCUGGGGUCCCUGAUCGCUCUGGGGAGCUACAACUCUUUCCACAACAACGUCUACAGAGACUCCAUUAUUGUCUGCUGUAUAAACUCCACCACAAGCAUAUUUGCUGGAUUUGUUAUUUUCUCUAUUGUUGGCUUCAUGUCACACAUCACGAAGAAGUCGAUUUCAGAGCUGGCUUCCUCAGGCCCUGGACUGGCUUUCCUCGCCUACCCACAGGUUGUCACACAGCUGCCCCUAUCCCCGCUCUGGUCAAUCCUCUUCUUCUCCAUGCUGAUGAUGUUGGGUCUGGAUAGUCAGUUCUGCACUGUGGAAGGGUUCAUUACAGCCCUGAUGGACGAAUAUCCUCAUCUCCUGCGAGCCAGGAAGAAGGUCUUCAUUGCAGUAGUCUGUUUCAUCUCUUAUCUCAUUGGAUUCUCCAACAUCACUCAGGGUGGCAUUUAUGUCUUCAAGCUGUUUGACUACUACUCAGCCAGUGGCAUGUGUCUUCUCUUUCUUGUCUUCUUUGAGACCAUCUCAAUUUCUUGGUGUUAUGGUGUGAACAAAUUUUACAGGAACAUUGAAGAAAUGAUUGGCUACAAACCUUGCAUCUGGUGGAAGAUCUGCUGGGCCUUCUUCACUCCUCUUGUCUGCCUGGGCGUGUUCUUCUUCAGUGUGGUGGAAAUGACCCCUCUGACACUGGGAAAAUACAUUUAUCCUGCGUGGGGACAAGGCAUUGGUUGGCUUAUGGCUCUGUCCUCCAUGGUACUGAUUCCAGGGUACAUGCUAUACUGUUUCUUCACCUCAACGGGGACUCUUCGGCAGCGUCUGCAGCAGAUGACACAGCCCAAGCCAGAGAUGCACGCUCAGAACAACGGCCUUCAACCGAAGACGUCCUUGAACGGGAGAGUCUUGGAUGCUGCCGUCUAG